AGUGCCGCGGUCGCCACGGCAACGGCGUCGUGCGGCGGGCGCGGGGCAGGUGCGAUGGCCACAGCGGCUUUCCUGGACUCGGCACCAGCUCAGCUCUGCUUCCCUCUGGGCACAGCGACUCUGCCGUGGGCCAGCGCUGUCACCAUGCACGUCACCAGGCCCAAAUCUGCCAAGGGACAGAGGCGAAGCAUGAGCCACCCUCAGGGCAUGGAAGCCUGUCCGUGCCACGUGCCGGCAGCCUCUCCUCGGGAAUUAGUGAACAGCCGGAGAGCAUCACUCACAAAACCGGCGUUCCCACCCAGCCAGGUGUCUCCUGAGAAAAUCCCAAAGCUCCUGCAGCAAGUGCCUUUGAAGACCUCCUCAUCCCUGAACAAGUACCGGGUGCUCCCCUCCAUUGUCCGGAAGGGCACAGGGAGCGACGCAGUGGAAGCGCUGGCUGAACGGACCAACCGGCUGGAAGUGAGUGAGGGGCAGGAGGACGCUCCAGAAGGCAUCAAGACUCUUUCUGGAGAACAGGGAUCUGCCAGCACAUUGUCAGGAAGUGACAUUCCCACUGAGGGGAGCUCACACAUGCACUGUGCCCCCGAGCAGUGGGGACAGCAAGCGAGGCAGGAGAGCCCUUGGAUGCCCCCUGCAAGCCUGGAAGAGCCACACGUGCUGCUCGCUGUGCGGUCUCCCUCUGGGCAGAGGUUUGAGCACCACUUCAAACCCUCUGAUAGUCUCCAGACAGUCCUUGCUGUGGCAGGACAGAAAUUGUUGGCCAACUACCAACACUGCAGUGUUGAAACCAUGGAGGUGCCCCGGAGGAGCUUCUCUGACCUUACAAAGUCCCUUCAGGAAUGUGGGAUCCUCCACAAGUCCGUGCUGUGCAUCCGGCAGGAUGAGCAUCAUGAUGCAGGAGAUCUUUAGGCACACAGAGAUGCCUUGGGUUGUUCUGCCCAGUGGGGUGCAUUGCUGCUUCCAAAAAACUGAGUCUGAUGCUUCUUGUGCCUGCUUCUUUAUCUUCCAUCUCCCACAAAAUCCCUGUGAAGCAGAGUUAUGGCUAUGUCUUGAAAUAGUAUUUCAGAUGCAUAAACCUGAUUGAUACAGAGCAGCUGGAGUCAAAGUGCCAUCACAAAUUUCUGCCUCAGUACCACCAACCUUCAGCCUUUUUGGUUUGUUGAAGUUGCUAAUGUUCUUUGAAAAUUCAAGUUUCCAAGGCCUUUCCCCUUGUCCUUUUCUAUAUUUUGGGAAGGUACCACUUCUCUGAAUGCAGAAGCACCAUUUGGGAAAGUAGAAACAGAACUGGUUUAGCUACAGGACCACCUUCACUAGCUUCUCAUUAUCCUAAACAUCUUCUCAAGAGACUGAAAAGGCGAUCAAACCCCAAAACCAUCUGGAAAUAACAGUAAUGACACAUUAAUGGGUUAUUGUGAAGUAUUAAAUUGCAAGAGUGAUCGGAAAAUACCUGUGAGGGCUCAGGUCUUUCUGGGUAACCUCAGUCCAGCUCUUAACUGUGACUAAAUCAUCUUUUUAAGAACAAGUAAUUAUUAUUUUGGCUGUCUUGAGGAGCAGCAGGAUUUUCUCCGUAGCUUUCCUUCUCUUAUUUGGCUCAUGUGAUCCGUAGGUAAGAACAGAUGGAUCAUUAAGGGAUGUUACAGAUAAUUCCAUUUAACACCUCUACACUGAAGCGAGUUAGUCUGAGAAGCAAGUGCUGCUUUGGGAGUUUUUAAGUAAGGUAUUAAUGGGAUUUGAUGGGAACUGGUUCAAGGAGUAAGCCAUCUUUUACUAAACCAUCAUUAAAAGGCUGGUUGGGUGCCUUGGCAGGUUUAGGCAAACACAAUGUGCUGGUGCUAAAACAAGAAGUAUCUCCUAGUUUCUAAUGGCAUUUCAAAGGCAGUAAUUUUUAAUCUCCUUAAAGUAUGAACCACUUGCCACACAGAUGAGUGAGUUUAAGUGUUUUGAGACAAACCCAAUUUAUUUUGAAGCUCAGUGUAACUUGCCAAACCAACUCAGCACAGGAGCAGAAAGCUGAUGCUGGCACUGGCUACGUGUGGAACCUGAUGCUAAAUCAGUACUGAGGGUCCAGCAGCUUUGUAAAGGCAGUACCUGAUGGAACAGUGGUACCUGCUGCUGCCGGUGAUGGGAAUCGCUCAGCAGCAGUCCCAGAUAUCGAAACACAUGGAUGCCUUCAGCAGAGCCACAAAGUAUUUCAUUGGAGAAGGGACCACUUUCCAUGUUCCUUCAGUGUUAGGUAGUUAAUUCCCUUUCUCUGCCUGUUGUCUGUACUGUGUUACUCCUACAUUUCGGAGUGUUUCCAUCCUGUGUUAAAUAAAACCUUUUAGGCUGAAACUUGAACGUCAGAUGAUUUACAUGAGCUGAGGUUUAUCCAUCACACCAGCUCUUAAGAAACCUUUAAUUCGAUGGCAAAUGCUCAGGGGCUGCCCAAAUCGGCCUUUGGAUGGUCAGCUGCCCUCCACACCAUCUUCCUGGAGUUUGUAUCUGCAUCCCGUGCUGGAUGCAAGAUUGGAGCCAAGCCGGAAGCACUCUGGAUCAGAGACAAGCUGGGGACCACCAGUCAGACAAUUCAAUAACUUGGCUCCCAGUGGACUUAUCCUGCUAGAGGAUGUUCCUCCUGGAUAUCUAAGACAAAGCUGGAUGAGUUUGGUUCUAAUCACCUCACUAAGCCUACAGCAUCUCCAAAGAUGGGCAAUAAGUAUCAAGUCUUGAUCUAGGCAAGCACAGCACAGGGAAAACACUUCCUUUCUCCCUCAGUUCUCCUCCUCUUCCCUUCACAACUGUUCUGGGAAGAUUUUAGCAGCAACUCUGCCAAGUCCAGAACAAGAAGCACAGGGGGGAAGAACAAUAUUUAUCUGACCUCAUUUAUUGUGUGGCAUCAUUUAACGGCCUUCUUUGUGGGAAUCUUUUAAGAAUUUCAGCAUUAAAAUUCAGUCUGUUACAGGAUGAGGAGGUCAUAAAUACAAAACUUACCAGGACUUUUGGCUGGGAACGUCCUUACCUGAGGCUUUUUAAAAACACCAACAAAGUAUUCAAGCAAGAAGUCAGCACAGGGAUUGUUCAGUAUGUGUUCUUUAAUUCCAAUUAAAAGUACAUUAGAAACAGCACACAGGACCAGCAGCAGCUUCCAUGACAAUUCAGCCCAAUACUCUGCUGUCACCAGGUCAUUCAGCUGUACUAGGAAAGUAGGUGAUUAAAUCAAGUCUUCCACUCCACACGAAAGCACUCACUCACCUGCCACUUUAAAUAGGAUUCCAACAGAAUAAAAAUAGAUACACCCCAGAAUACAAAAAGUUUAAUUUUAAGCUGUUUUUUUUUUUCUUCACUAAAGCCUUUAUACAAAUUGAUAAAAGGGUGCACAUUUCCUAAAAUUUUAGGUACAUUUUAAAUGAGCCUUUUUUUACUUGGUAAAAGGAUCCAUGUUCCUGUCUUUGAACAGAAUAUGAUGGCCAAAAUUGCAAAGAAAACAAUUCAGUUUAAAUUUACAAUUUAUACAUUUGUUUUGACAUGAUUCCCACACUGAGUAGCAGGCCCAUGGCUGCUCACGCAUGUCCCAUUUCCCCCCAACAAAGAGCUGUGCACCCUAAGUUCUGGUUCAGGAGCCGCCUCCUCCUGGAGACUGGGCUGGGGGAACAGCCCACAGCUUCCAGCUGUGUGCACCAGAGUGGUUCCAACACACAGGAGGUGUCAUCCUUCCUUCUCCAGGAGUUGUGAAUCCUUCCUUCUCCAUGGAACACCCUGGGGCAGGGACCAAUGACCUAUUUUGCACUAUGGAGCACUUCCCACCUGCAAUUUGGCUGAGCAAUUUAACUCAAAACUCUGGUACUGAAACAUACUGUAACAGGUAAAUUCAGUGUUUUAAGGGUAAAUUCUUUUGGUCAAUCCAGGCUAUCAUGAUUAUUUUUUUUUGCUCUUUUAUUCCUGUAUCUGAUGGGUGAAGCCCAACAGCUCUGUACAUUAUCCAUGCUGAGCUUCACAGCACGGUGCAUUUAAUCACAUGGUGAAUUUAAUUCACAGAGGUGAAUUUAAUCAGACAGUUCAUUAGUACAGUUCCUUUCAUACUGCCCCUCCCACCCCACCCACCCACACCGUAGCCAGGUUAAACACUUGGGAUGAACUUCUGUAGUGUCACCACCACCCACGUCACGGAGAGCGGCCAUCCCAACAAAUCCAGGACAAA